UUUUUGGAGACACACUUCUGAUCAACACCAGCCUUUUUCUCUGAGUAACAACCCAUUCCGACAGUGAGACCAAACAAAGAUGCAGGUCUUGGCAGCAUUGUGCUUCCUUGUCGUGGCACACCUGCCCCCCCUGAGGGGGGAGGUAGUAGAAAGCUUCCACAGAGGCCCGCACUGCCUGGACUUCUUCUACAAGGGCAUGGUGCCCAAGUGGAACGUGCCCAAGCGUAACACCGUCUGUUUGUGUCAGCGCUUCAACAACCGCUACCACUUCGCCACGCUGUACGACACGCUCCACCGCAUCCCCGUCUACUCCGCCUACCGCUUUCAGACCAGCAACAAUGACCCGACGAGGAAUGACUGGUGUAUAGAGCCACAGCUUGUGGACAGGAGCUGGAAUGCAGGGAUGGAGGAAGAGAAGGACCUCAUAACUGAACACAAGGGGGUGUACUUUGGUGAGAGGCAGGCUCUCGAAGAGGACUACAUAAACUCUAACUAUGACCGUGGGCACCUCAAUCCAAAACAACACCAAUCAGGGGACAGCCGUCAGGCCACGUUCACACUCACCAACGUGGUGCCACAAACACCCAAUCUGAACCAGAAGGCCUGGAAUGAUUAUGAGACGUAUCUGCAAAAAAACCUCAAAACGUGCUGGCAGGCCUACGUGCUGGUGGGCGCCAUCCCUUCCGCUAACAACUGGAUCAUCAAGAACAACGUCAAGCGGGUCAACAUCCCCGACCACAUCUGGAACGCCUACUGCUGCCUGGACAACAACGGCCGGCCCAUCAGCAGCGGGGGGGCCACAGCUCCUAACACUGAGAAGACCAGUGUGAAGAGGCACACUCUCUCAGAGCUGAAAGAGUUCCUGAGUCAGUACCAAUCACCAGUGGGGGAGCUCUUUCUCAACAACUGUGGAGCUUAGAGGAGUAUGGUAUGUUAGAGAAGUGUAGUCAGACACACCCCACAGGGCAUAUUUCCCUCUUUACAUUUGUCUGUGCCAAUUAACAUACAAGAGUCAUUUACUUCCCUGUAAUUCCCAUUGCCCAUAAGCUUAUUAUCUAAUACAUGCACCAAAACUCACCUAUUUGCAAUUUAGGCAUUUGGCUGAUGUUUUAGGGGAAAAAGGCAACACUGCAAUCUCACAAGUUCUCCCCAUUCAGCUCUUAAAUAAUCAACAUUGUUUAAUUUUGAUGUGGUUACAGCUACUGUAAUAAUGGAAGUAAAGACAAAUUUCUGUGGGUCAAUAACACCAUUUAUUAUGUAGCUAACCAUGCCUGCUUCCACAAGCACACACACACACACACACGCGCGCACGCACACCUGUCCCUGACUCUCAUAAAUGUCUGUGUGAUUCUGCCAUUCACAAUAAAGGCUUAAUUCAUCAGAAA